AUUUUAAAGGGGGAACAAAAACCUUUCAAAGAAGUUGUAAGAUACUUUGGAGAUCCUCAUGCAUUUGGACAGAAACCCAUCACAUCAUUGAGACAGGUGCAGUGAUUGACAACCUAACAUCAUUAAUUAGUGUUGGAAAACUGUAAUAUUUCCAUUAUUCAAAAAUUCUUGAUCUUUGACACUUGAAUAAAGUUCUAUAUUUCUUAAUACAUAUAGUUAUUCUUACCACUCAGAUUACACAAUUUCAACUAAAUUCAUUUCAGCAAAUCGAUCAGCACCAUAAUUAUUAAAAAACCUAAUUAGUUCAAACAACUUUGGGUGGGGUUUGUUGUUAUUUACUUCCUGUUUAGAGAGUCCAACAAUAGUGACCCCGAGAACAAAGGAAGCUACCAUCUCUAUAAGUCUCUGUGAGGUUUCCAUCAGGUUACCAUAGGGUUAACUGUUCAUGAAUACCUUGUAACUCCAGCAUUAAAUUCGCACCCCGACAACAUUUGUGGAAUUUGACUAUACUCUCACUACAGCUUCAACUUUGUCUCCACAUUAAUCUGUAUCUGUAACUUUCAUAUUUCUCAUUUGAUAAUUCAAUUUUUUCUGACAACAUUUUUCACGAGUAUUGUUUUCAAUGUCUCAAACUUAUGCAAAUUUUGUGGAGAAUGUGAAAGUCUAAAGGAAUUUUUUUCACCUUUUUUGACAGUUUCUGUCAUGUCUCAUAUGUCCAACUUUACUUGAGGAUUCGAACUACCCGAAGGACAUACAUGAAAAGGUGAACAGGAUUCUCAAUGCCAAAGCAGGCCAUGUUAUAAGUAAGUAUCAUUGUUUUUCACGUCACUAAAAAGAAGAUAGCUUAGUAUUUUAAGUGAUAGGGUAGGAGUGAAAAAAAUUGGACAAGUUUAGGUUUAAGCACCAUGGAAAGAGGUUUCAUCAACCUCAUUCCCAGCUUCUGGGUAGGAGAGAACCCUGGGAACGAGGUUGAGGUUUCAUUUGAAUGGUCAUAUUGGAGGAUUUCAUUCACAAACUCAUAAGCUAGAACACCUUCUCUCAGGCUACCCUAAUGGACUGAAGAAAACUGUCAUGAAUGAAUCUCCACCAGUUAAGCAUCAGUAACAUCAUCAUCAUCAUCAUCAUCAUCACCAUCAUCAUCAUCAUCAUUAAUAAUUAUCAACAGCUACCCUCCUGUCAAGCCCUUUCCUUGUCACCACUUCUUACCAAGCUUUUGGAGACAGUGUGGCCUAGCAGUAUACAGUUGAACCUCUCCAAAACAGCCACCUUGGGGACAGAAGAAAGUGGCCGUUGUAGAGAGGUUUAUAAAACAGGAGUCAAUGUAUAGAUGGUCUGCUAUACAUCCAUUUUUAGUAUUGUCACGCAACGCUCCAUGACUGUGUAGCAGACUAAUGUAUAGACUGUCCGCCAAAAAAAGUGGUUGUUGUUUAGAGGUGGCUGUUAGUAGAGGUUUGACUGGAAGAAUGCUGGAAUUGUAAUCUUAAGGUUCCCCGAGUUCAAGCCCUGCCUUUAAACCCCUAGCUGGAUUUGUUCUUGGUAAUUUUGAGUUCAACUCCUCGGCUAGUAACCUGGUUUGCCUCCGGCCAUUCAGAAUCUUAUCCUUGUGGGUGACAAUAAAAACUACCAGUUUACCAGUUAUUGUGUUACCCCCAUACAGUCUGUUUUUUGUAAACCCCACUCGAGACCCCUACAAAAUCCAGUCCUGGGUUACUCUUUUCCUAUUAAGUCAAACCCUUUCUCUUCUCCUAAUUUUGCCUAACUCAUUCUCCACUUUGACCACCCCUCGAUCAAAAUUUUCCUCAUAUCCCUCAGUACAACAUUCCAUCCCCCCUUAAAAUCCCCCCCACAAACCCCUUUCAAUCCACCCUCCACCCCUUAGAACAGUCAUAGUUGUAAAGCCCUUGCUUGUUCCACCCCUUUUAAAAACCCAUCUUCCACACUCUCGCCAAGUUACUCUUGUAGAAAAAUUAUUCUUACUGUAUGGUAUUUCUAGGUUCAUAUACAGACCCUCUUGGACUAAGAAUUGUCCGUGAAGAUGUUGCCCAGUUCAUUUCUGAAAGAGAUGGUUAUCCUGCCGACCCAGAAGAUAUAAUUCUAACAAAUGGAGGAGCACAUGGAAUUCAGGUGUUCAUGAGUAUUUUCUAAUAUUUUUUAGGGUUAUCCAUGGUUAGAAAUACUUUUAUAAAGGUAAAAUGAAGUUUGGAGACAUAACUAAUUUUCUUCCUUUUAUGGAUUUACUAUUAGCACUUAUAACAGUUUUUAGGUUAAAACCGCUUCCCAUUUUAGCCUGUUCCAGGCUCUGAGAUAGUGGGGUCCACGAAAUUGAGAAAGCACGAACAUGAAAAUAAAACAAGGGGAAACUCAUCACGUGCUUAGUUUCGUGAGCCUUAGGCCCGGUUCAGACGCCGAACUUUUCAUGAGCCGAACCUAAUUCGAAUUAAGGCCGACCCAAAUUAUUUAGACCGGCUAAAUUGAUUCAGACGCCGAUCUUAAUUCCAGCCGAACUAAAUUCAGAAGGCGGAAAAUGCGCAUUUUGGUCAAACUGCUUACAAAAUACGUUAUAAGAAUUUAUGCAUUAGGUUCGGUACAUGAAAAGUACGGCGUCUGAAUCAAAGGCGUUCCAAAGUCGAUCUAAAGGCGACAUUCCCGGCCGGUCUAGGCGAAAAGAACGGGUGAGCCGUUCCAAAUUGAAACAGGCGUUCCUAACUGAUUCAGACGCCGAACUUUUCGUGUACUUAAUUCAAUGUAUUAGGUUCAGCUCAUGAAAAGUACGGCGUCUGAACCGGGCCUUAGUGACUUUAAGAUCCAAGGACGCGACGGCAAUGAGAACGUCGGUUUAAAAGUGAAUUUGCGUUCUUUCUGUCUUUAUCGAAAUUAUUCCUACCCCCUUACUUUGUCAAAUGUAGGCAAGCCCUCCUGGAGUUGAAUUCCUAAGGACCAUAUCCAAGUGCAGAAAGAGAAACAAAAUUUCGUCGUUGCUUGUUUACGUACUCCAUAAAACGCGAAGGUAGGCAUGUUCACGUCGUAGUCGUGCAAAAACGGGCAAAAAAAUGUACCAAAAAAGUUUGGUGCACGCGCAAAGUUGUUGUUUUGCUAAUAAAACCUAUUGUUUUUUUGACGUUUUCGUUGCCGUCCGCGUCGUUGGAUCUUAAAGUCCCUAGUGUGUUCGACGAAGGAGAACGCAAUCCUUUAUCAGCUUUCCCGUAGCUUUUUUACAGACAGGAGAGAACAGGUAUCUGUUAUGUCAGCCUGUCCUUCUCUCGUUUUUUUUUUUUUAUGGGGCUUUUUUGGUCUGGGGGGGUCAUAAGUACUCUGUCCUCAGCCAAAUGUACAAUACAUGUACAAUGUACGCCCAGGUAGAACGCUUCACAUCAGUAGUCUAUGCACGGACUACAUCGCUUAUUGAAUACAGGAUGGUAAAUAUAACAUAGACAUUUUCAUGCGCUUUUUCAGGUUGGCAUGCAGGCACUAGACGCCAGUUCAGACAGUAGAAAUAAAAGGACAGGAAUUCUGAUUCCUAUUCCCGUGUUUCCUCAGUACCUGUCAAGAAUCAUGGAAUACAACUUCCACCAGGUAAUUUAAUAAAUGCACAAAUAAAACUGAGUGCCUUGAAUACAGACCUUGUACAUUUUAAUUUUGUAGCAAUUUUCAGGUUUUUUGUCAGGUUUUUUCCGCGCUAUUAAGGUGUUAGCCCAUGUGUAUAAAUGUACUAGCCUACCACGCACAGUCUGAGUGUUCGUAUUUCCUCCCUCAUCCCCUAAGAAAGCCUGCGAGGGAGGCUAUAUGUGUACUGGCACACUGUUAACGGAUUGCUUUGGAAAUUUUAUAUAUUCUUUUGUGAUGGCUACUACUCCUUGAGAGUAUAGCAUAGCCAUUUUGUCGUGGUGUAUGUAAGAUUGAGUACAAGUAGUCCUAAAUCUUCGGAUAUUUUUCGUAAUCGCCCGAUCGGACUUUGAUCGAUACCGACGCUUCUUUUCUUUUGUGUAGAUUCCUUACUAUUUGGACGAAGAUCACGACUGGUGUCUGGAUAUCGGAGAACUGAAGAGGGCGUUAGACAAGGCCAGGCCAUAUUGCACUCCGAGGGCUCUUGUACUGAUUAAUCCGGGAAAUCCCACAAGUAAGACCUGAUAAAAUAGAGAAUGAGCCAUUGAGAGUCAAGUUAUGCGAAGAAGUCAUAUCUGGGUUUAGCUCUGACAAUUGUAAUCGGACUAGGGCUAGUUUCGUCGGUAGACUGCUUAACUGUGAGAAGGUCGAGGGUCAAGAGGGUUCUGUUCCCGGGACCGGACCACUACUCAGGGACUUAAAAUAACUGAGAAAUGAAGGUACUGCUUUUGCCCUGCACGCGGCUAGACCUUCGCGUGGUUCGGAUGACCAGAUAAAAUGGCGGUCCCGUCUUCAGUCAGAGACAUAAAAUAGCGUCCUUAACUAUCCCUUUCGUGCUAAAUACAUUGACAUUUAAGUGAAUAAAGUGCCUUUAGUUAUAUGUCUAGUAUAUAUACAGUAUGCAUGUGUUUUAAAACAGUUACUAGCGGCAAAUCCGAGAGAUAUUUAACAUGCUUUUUCAUUCAAAGUGUCGAGGUAACGAGGUUGUAGUCCCCUUUUUUUCACAUUCAGGUCAGACAUUUUGAAAUUCACACCUUUUAGCUGAAAAAGGUGAGAAAUCUUUAAGUCAGAAUUGGAAAUUAUAUUUUUGUUCUGUUUUCACAGGCCAGGUCUUGACUUACGACAAUAUUAGAGAAGUUAUCAAGUUUUGCGCUCGAGAAAAACUUGUAUUAUUUGCUGAUGAAGUGUAUCAAGAAACCGUGUUUACCGACGAGGUCCAGUUCCACUCGUGCAGGAAGGUCUUGAGGGACCUGGGUCCCGAAUACAACAAGUUCCAACUGAUGUCGAUAAAUUCAGUUUCCAAAGGAUUUUACGGCGAGUAUGUACAUAAUGUUUGAGAUAACAGUAUCAAACCAAACAACGGUGCUGUAAAAAAAAAAUAGCUUUGAAGGGCUAUCCCAACAACCCGACAGAAAGAGAGCCUUCAUUUUGACUCGUCGUAAGGGCUGGUCCAGGCCGUUUCUGAUUAAGGGAUGCCCUACUUGUGCACAUCAAUCAUCGUUCUACUUCGUAGAUCCUUGCUGCCAUUACACGUGUACAUAUAUGUGACAUUCUUCUCAUAAAGGACCCAGCUUUAAAAAGUUCUUCUCCUGAUUCAGUCCAGAUUCAGUCGAUUUGGAAAAGGCCUAUGAUUGUAAUGCAAUGAGAAACCCAGUUUAAUGGAAGUUGUGUGCGAAUCUUCAAAGCAGCUCAGUAAAAAUACUAUUAAGAAAUAAUCUGGUCUCACGGAUAUAUUUAGGGCGGGUCGGGAUUCGUCACUAUGUAAGUCCAGGUUGGCCGACAAAUCUUCGCAUUUUGGAUGGUCGCUUAGAGGCAUUGUUUUGACUGUAUUUAGUUUAAUCUCUUUACUAGAUGUGGUGUGAGGGGUGCUUACAUGGAAUUAGUAGGGUUCAGCAAAGAAGUCAAGAUGCAGUUUAGAGACGUACUCUUUCCCAAUGUUUCUCCAACGACUAUUGGACAGGUAUUACUAGCCUUCUCGGUCAAUGCUUUUCAGUGGCGUAUCAAAGACGAUCGGUGGAAAGAGCCCACAAACUCGCUCGCAUCAUGAGACCCGAAAUGCGUCGGCCGGCGAAAUAAUGGGACUUUGAGACUAGGCAUGGCACGAUCGUUUUAAUUCAGCUAAGUCCACGUUUAGACGCAUGCGCACGAUUGCGCUUUCAAUGGUAAUUUUGAGCCCUGCGACAGGGUUCUAACUCCAAAGACAUCAAGGUGCCCGUGCCUGAGCCCAUAAUUUUUUCGAAAGGUGGAUAACGUUAUCUACCGGAUAAAUCUCUUUCCACUCGAUAACGCAAUUGGUUUUCCCAAUACUUAUCCGCUGAAGAGCGAUUUAUCCAGGGGUGAGUGCAAUCCCAACAUUUAAACCACCGGAGCCUGUUGGUUACUCCAACUACGUUGACAGUUAUUUUGCUUUAACACUAAAAAAAUCUCUGAGUCGUGGACAUUCCUGUAUAAUUAUAUAAUUAUUUAUUUACUUAUAUAAUUUAUUUCAUUUUUACGAGGCUGCUGUGAGUGCAAUGUGCAAUCCGCCAAGGACUGGUGACGAAUCCUACGAGACUUUCAUCAAGGUAAAAUAUAACCCUUCUUCGAGCUGUUGUACAGUAGCUCUUCAUGUAACUUUUUUCUACUCAGUGACAGUUGUACACGUUGAUGCGACGUCGGAAUUUUUUAUCCUUUCCUUAUUUCCUGCAGGAGAAGACAGCCAUUUUAGAAUCUUAUAGAAGGAAAGCCAAAAUUACCACAUCAAUGUUGAAUUCUCUUGAAGGAAUCUCGUGCAGUGACGUAACUGGUGCGUUGUAUGCCUUCGCAAAAAUUGAGCUUCCACAAAAAGCCAUUGAAGAGGCUAAGGCGAGUACCUUUAAUGACCUGUAA